ACUCUGCAUGAAGAUGGGAGAGUCUGCGGCCAAGGAGAAUGAGAACCCAUGCGGUUUGGAAACGGAGUUAACAGAGAGAUCAAUGUGGCUGAUGAAAUGCCCUUCUCUGGCCGCUUCCUCUCAAAAGUCUCUUCCUUUACCGGACGAUCCGUUCCUUCCUGUAGCCAAACUCAUACUCUCCAUAGACCCUCUCGCUUCUGUAGACGAUGAAACCAAAGUUGCAAUGGAACUAACGCGAGAAGAGUUUGGAAACACUCCAAAACGUUAUGCUUUGGAAAUGUCUACAGAUUGCAUCCCCAUGUUUGUCUUCAGUGAGUCUUCUUCACAUGGAGAAGGGAAGAAGAUUAAAGGAACUUAUGAGCUGAAGGUUGAGUACAAGAUUGUCCCCCAGGAGUAGGAGGAACUCUCUCU